AUUUUAUCACAAUAAUUAUACAUUUUUUAUUGGUUAGGAAAUGUCAUCAACAUCGCAAAAGCACGCAGCUUUUAUUCAGGGGCCGUUGGGGUUAAAACCAGUAACUGCUUCGCCCGGUAUAGGACCAGUCAUAGGACAAAAAAUGACAGAAGCUGGCUUUGGUUCGGCCUCCCAAGUUUUGGGACAAUACCUGAUUGACCCACCUGGUUUCAAGGGAUGGGUGCAAGGAUUCGGAGCAAAUGCAGGACAGCAGACAGCCUGUUUCAACGCUUUUGAUGCCUGGUGUAAAAAUUUUGUGUAUUAAAAAGUUUACAAGGAU